AUGGCAGCACAGGUGGCACGGGUGAUAGUGGCUUUCUGUCUCUGCUCACUGGGACAUGCAAUGUACUACCACUCAGCCGAGAGAGAGGAGAAGUGUGUUAUAGAGGACAUCCCGUCUGACAUGCUGGUCACAGGUCGAUAUAAGAUUCAACUAUGGGAUAUGAAUCAGCAUGAUUACCUCCCAUCUGCUCCGGGCCUAGGAAUGUUUGUGACGGUCAGAGAUCCGAGUAAAGAGGUACUCAUAUCAAAGCUGUAUGGGCCUGACGGAAAAUUUACAUUCACUUCGCAUUCCACUGGGGAGCAUGUUAUCUGUAUGCAGUCCAAUUCUACCAACCUUAUAGCAUUCGCCGCAAGCAGACUGCGCAUACACCUGGACAUUCAGAUCGGAGAGAAUCCUUUUGAUUAUGCAACUGUUGACCCAAAAGACAAAGUGAAGGACGUCGCCUACAGUCUGGGACAUCUACGAGGGGAAGUGGAUCAUAUUAUGAAAGAACAAGAGUAUCAACGGGAGCGCGAGGAGUACUACAGACAAAAGAGUGAAGACAUGAACAGCAACGUCUUGUGGUGGGCAAUCGCACAAACCUUCAUCCUCUCAACUGUUGGCAUUUGGCAAGUCAAACGCCUAAAAGAUUUCCUCAUAGCCAAAAAAGUGGUGUAAAUAAAAUAAAAAUGUU